CAAAAAUAUGAGUUCUCGAAUCGGGUCACACCAGCUGAGAAACGGGUUAUUUGUCUCGGGCCGACCCGAACAGCAAAAGGAACGACCCACAGCUACAUCUCGCGCUGUUCCGUACACCGGCGGCGACGUCAAGAAGUCCGGCGAGCUUGGGAAAAUGUACGGCAUCGACAGGUCGACUGGGGACCACCAUACGGGCCCACCAAUUCUGAAAAAACCAUCUUCGAGGGCUUCAUCAUCUUCUCAGCAUAACAGUGGAUCCGUAAGAUCCGGGCCGAAUUCGGGUCAAAUGGGUGGUCACAAAUCCUCCAAUUCCGGCCCGAUUCCCAAGAAGUCCUCUUCCGGUCCAAUUCAGCCAACGGGUCUCAUUUACUCUGGUCCGUUGAGUUCCAGUGCCGGUAGGAGGUCCGGUCAGCUUGAGCCGACAAUUUCGUUCAAAAAAAUAGUCUAUGGCUCCUCUGUUACUAGCUUGAGUGGUGAUAUAAAGAUGGGUUUCAAUGUUUCAAGAGUGGCAAUGUGGGUGUUAUUCGUGGUGAUAUUGAUGGCUUUAAUGGCGGGUGCUUUCGUGAUGGCAACCGUGAAAAAAAUCGUGAUUUUGGUGGCUGUUGGUGCAGCUGUAGCUCCAAUUUUGAUGAUCUUGCUGUGGAAUUACGCGUAUAAAGAGCGAGGCUUGGUGGAGUUUCUAAGAAGAUAUCCAGAUGCUGAGCUUAGAGGUGCUGUUAAUGGACAGUUUGUGAAGGUUACUGGGGUUGUCACCUGCGGCAGUAUCCCUCUUGAAACUUCUUUUCAGCGGGUACCAAGAUGUGUAUAUGCUUCUACUGAAUUGCACGAAUACAAAGCUUGCGUUGGAAAUUGUGCAAAUCCUAGACAGCGUAGCUUUUCAUGGGGACGCAGGCAUUCAGAGAACUAUGUUGGUGAUUUCUAUAUAUCAGACUUCCAGACUGGAUUAAGAGCGCUGGUUAAGGCAGGCUAUGGAGCAAAGGUGGCGCCAUUUGUAAAAUCAAAAACAGUUGUUGAUGUAACGAGUGACAGUGAGUUGUCUCCCAAUUUCAUAAGAUGGCUUGCUGAUCGAAACCUCUCAAGCAACGACCAUGUAAUGCGACUGAAAGAAGGUUACAUCAAAGAAGGGAGCAUCGUAAGUGUCAUGGGCGUUGUAAUGCUCCAAGAGAACGUGCUAAUGAUUGUUCCACCACCUGAGCCUAUUUCAAUAGGCUGUCAAUGGCUCCGUUGUCUUCUUCCAACCUACGUAGAAGGUCUCAUCUUGACCUGUGACGAUAUUCAGGACGGUGAUGUUAUUCCUGUAUAGUAUAUACUACCAAUUUGAUUAUUCCCACGAGUUUAUGCCAUAAGAGUACACAACCGAUGGCAGCUCUAGGCUAGCGAAGGUGUGCCUUUUUUUCGUUCCUAUGCAAAUAUUCAACUGUAUGUAAGAUUGCAUAGUAGAACAGAAACAGGCAAAACCGUUUUUUUCUUGAUGUCUGAAGUUGGUUAUUCCUAUGUAUUUAAUGGUGUUUUUUGCAGAGUUCCUAAAGGGAAGAGGAGAUAAAAGGGUCUUCCUCCUUUGAGCAACUAAGCUUGUUGUGUAUGAUGCUAGAUUUCAUAUCUAGUUUGUUUUUUGCUGCAUUAUG